CCGACUCAAUAUAAACAGUAUCAGCUAAGAUAUUUAGCUUAGCUCACCGCAUUUGGGCUUUUGCCUACUCCAACGAAGAACAACAGAGUUACAAUCCAUCAAUUUUGAGUUCGAUUUUGAAGAAACACUAAUGGUGUUAACGCAGCUUCCAAGGUUCCAUUACUUGUUCUUCAAAAAUCCGCCGACAAGUUUCAAUUUCUUCCCCAAACCAAGACUCCCCAUCAUCAAACCCACUUCCCCAACGCUCUUCUCCACUGUUUCGACGACCGAGCCUAUACCCAUCACUGAUUUUUCACUCCCCGAGGAGCCGAAGCUCGAGAUUUCAUUGGACAAGCUGUUCGUUCCCCCGGAAACCGAGGUUGCUUGCGAUGAUCCUGUCUUAAGCACCAGAAUCUUGAAAGGUUCGAACAUAGUUUUGAGUAAGUAUGCAAGGGACGCUCAAGUGAUUCAAGCUGAGUUCGUGAAGAGUAGUGUGAGAACUGAGGAUUGUCCUUCCGAUGGGUUGCCGGAAUUUGCGCUCGUCGGUCGGUCGAAUGUCGGGAAAUCUUCGCUUCUUAAUUCGCUUGUAAGAAGGAAACGCCUUGCUCUCACGUCUAAGAAACCUGGGAAGACGCAAUGCAUCAACCAUUUCCGCAUCAACGAUAGUUGGUACCUGGUGGAUUUGCCGGGAUAUGGGUAUGCAUCUGCACCUCAGGAACUUCGAACGGACUGGGGCAAGUUCACCAGAGACUAUUUUAUCAACCGUUCAAUGCUAGUAUCGGUUUUCCUGCUUAUAGAUGCUAGCAUUCCUGUGAAGAAAAUCGACCUAGAAUAUGCCAGCUGGCUAGGUCAGAACCAGAUCCCCAUGACACUGAUAUUCACCAAAUGUGACAAGCGGAAGAAGAAAAAGAAUGGUGGAAAAAGGCCCGAAGAAAACAUUAGCGACUUUCAGGAGCUGAUAUGCGGUUUCUUCCAAUCCGUGCCACCAUGGAUUAUGACUAGCAGUGUUACAAACCAAGGCCGUGAUGAGAUCCUAUUGCAUAUGGCGCAACUACGGAAUUACUGGCUGAAACACUGAAGGCAAGAUAACCCCCAUAAUCAAUCAAGCUUUUGUAUGUUGCAUUGUUGCUAAUGUAGUUUUUAAAAGCUAUUUUACUUGUAUACGUUACAAACGAUUCCCUUUAAAGUUUUGGACUUUGUUUAAACGUUAUAUCCA